AUGGGGACACUGUCAAUGAAGGGCCCCAACACAAGCCACUGGCCUGAGUCCAGCUGGACUGCCCCGCAGGAGUUUGUAAUCCUGGGCUUCUCCGGGUGGCCCCAGGGCCUUCGGGUGCUGCUCUUUGCUCUCCUGCUGCCGCUCUACCUGGCCACCCUGGCAGGGAACCUGCUCAUCCUGGUCCUGGCCCUGGUGGAGCCCGCCCUGCACACACCUAUGUACUUCUUUCUGGGUGCGCUGUCCGCUGUGGAAGUGGCCUACACACUGGUGCUGACCCCGCGCAUGCUGGCUGGCUUCCUCCUGCCACCCGGGGGCCAGGCUGUGGCCCCCUCCACCUGUGCUGCCCAGAUGGGCCUUUUUGUGGCCCUGGGAGGUUCUGAGUGCCUGCUGCUGGCAGCCAUGGCCCUGGACCGCUACUUGGCCAUCUGCCGCCCUCUCUACUACCCUCAGCUCAUGACCACAGGGCUCUGCUGGGGUCUCCUGGCCUCCUGCUGUGUCGGUGGCUCAGUCCUCGCCCUAGGCCUUACCACAGCCAUAUUCCAGCUGCCCUUCUGCCAUGGCGGCCUGGUCAACCAUGUCUUCUGUGACCUCCCCGCGGUGCUGGUGCUGGCCUGUGGGAACCGGGACCUGCAAGAGCAUGUGCUGCUGGUGGCCUGCCUGCUGCUGCUCGUGCUGCCCCUGGUCCUGAUCUUGCUGUCCUAUACCAGAGUGCUGGUGGUCAUCCUGGGGGUUGGGGGAGCCGCAGGCCGCCGCAAGGCCUUCAACACCGUAGCGUCCCACCUCACGGUGGCUGUGCUCCACUACGGCUGUGCCACGGCCAUGUACGCCCGACCCCUGAGCAGCCGGUCCCUGGAGGAGGACAAGCUGGUCUCACUCAUCUACAUCAACCUCACCCCACUGCUGUAUCCGGCCAUCUACACGCUGCGCAACCGGGACAUGCAAGGUGCCCUGCAGCGGGUGGUCAGUCAGAGGACCCCAGGGAUGACCCACCAAGCUGAGUUCACCUAA